UUACCGGUAGAAAUUAUAGCCGUUAAGGAGGCUUUUGAUAACGGCGCAGUUACAAGGCGGAUCAAAAGAAUAAUUACCGGAGGAUAUCCAUUAAAAAGGUGCGUGUAUGAUCUGUUGAACAUCAUCUGUGAUGAGUACCAUGUGAGUUACGGCACGACAGAGAUUGGGUACACCAUCAUGGGUGUGGUCACAGGGGAUAUGAAGGAUACAGUAAAAGACUGCUACACAGGUGACCGUCUUGUGGGCAGCACACAAAUGAAGAUAGUUGACGAGAAAACAAAUAUGGAGAUCACGUCCAGAAACUGUCCUGGGAAUUUGUAUUUUAAAGGGGGGACAAUCCUGCGUCACUUCAAGGAUUUGGAUUCAAAUACAUGCGGUGCAUUUAAAGAGGAUGGAUGGUUUGAUUCAAGUGAUGUGGGAUAUAUUGAUGAGUCCGGGGGUGUGUACGUUAUGGGGAGAACGUCUGAUUUCAUCACGGCUGGCUCUGCUGUAGUCCACCCCCAGUGGCUGGAGGAGUGGAUCAUAAAGUGUCCUGGUGUCGCCUCGGUCGUCGUUGUAGGAAUUCCCCAUCCAGUCAGAUUCCAGGAACUGUGUGUUUGUGUUGUGAGGGAAAAACAUUCAAACUUGACUGAACAGGAUCUAAACGAGUUUUGUAACCAGAUGUUUAUAGACACCCGCAUUUCCCCAGAAGAAGUUCCGGAAAAAUUCUUUAUCGUAGAUUCUUUCCCGAAAACCUUCACGGGCAAAGUCCGGAGGAAAAUGGUGGAAAAACUGGCCACUGAACAUUUCCAACACUGAUUGGCUACACACAGCCUUCGAGUCUAUGUGUUAUGGUUAA